AAACGGCUCCAGUCUUCAUAACUAACCACAUCUUCCCGCCUUCUCCUGUAGGUUGGACGUGACAAAUAUGAGCCUGCGGCCGUUUCCGAGCAUGGCAACAAGAAAAAGGCCAAGAAGGAGAGGGAUAUGGAUGAGCUGAAGAAAGAAGUGUCUAUGGAUGACCAUAAACUGAGCCUGGAUGAACUUCACCGCAAAUACGGAACAGACUUAAGCCGCGGCUUAAGCACUGCUCGAGCUGCCGAGAUCCUGGCCCGCGACGGCCCCAACGCCCUCACUCCCCCUCCCACCACCCCCGAGUGGGUCAAGUUCUGCCGGCAGCUGUUCGGGGGAUUCUCCAUGCUGCUGUGGAUUGGAGCCAUUCUUUGUUUCUUGGCUUAUGGCAUCCAAGCUGCCACGGAAGAGGAGCCUCAGAAUGACAAUCUGUACCUGGGUGUGGUGCUGUCUGCUGUCGUCAUCAUCACUGGCUGUUUCUCCUACUACCAAGAAGCUAAGAGCUCAAAGAUCAUGGAAUCCUUCAAAAACAUGGUCCCGCAGCAAGCCCUGGUGAUCCGCAACGGUGAGAAAAUGAGCAUCAACGCGGAGGAGGUGGUGGUUGGGGACCUGGUCGAAGUGAAAGGCGGGGAUCGGAUCCCUGCUGACCUCAGGAUCAUUUCUGCCAACGGCUGCAAGGUGGAUAACUCCUCGCUGACCGGGGAGUCGGAGCCCCAGACCAGGUCUCCCGACUUCACACACGAAAACCCCCUGGAGACGAGGAACAUCGCCUUCUUUUCCACCAACUGCGUUGAAGGCACUGCCCGCGGCAUCGUCGUGUACACCGGAGACCGCACCGUCAUGGGGAGAAUCGCCACGCUGGCCUCUGGGCUGGAAGGCGGCCAGACGCCCAUCGCCGCAGAAAUCGAACAUUUCAUCCAGCUCAUCACGGGGGUGGCCGUGUUCCUGGGGGUGUCCUUCUUCAUCCUCUCCCUGAUCCUCGAAUACACCUGGCUCGAGGCCGUCAUCUUCCUCAUCGGAAUCAUUGUCGCCAAUGUGCCCGAAGGUCUGCUGGCCACCGUCACGGUGUGUCUGACCCUGACUGCCAAGCGCAUGGCCCGGAAAAACUGCUUAGUGAAGAACCUGGAAGCCGUGGAGACGCUGGGGUCCACGUCCACCAUCUGCUCCGAUAAGACCGGGACCCUGACGCAGAACCGCAUGACGGUGGCCCACAUGUGGUUUGACAAUCAGAUCCACGAAGCCGACACGACGGAGAAUCAGAGCGGUGUCUCCUUCGACAAGUCCUCAGCCACCUGGCUCGCCCUGUCGAGAAUCGCUGGCCUUUGUAACAGGGCCGUGUUUCAGGCCAACCAGGAAAACCUGCCCAUCCUGAAGCGGGCGGUGGCGGGCGACGCCUCCGAGUCGGCGCUCUUGAAGUGCAUCGAGCUGUGCUGCGGGUCCGUGAAGGAGAUGAGAGAGCGGUACCCCAAACUCGUCGAGAUACCCUUCAACUCCACCAACAAGUACCAGUUGUCCAUUCACAAGAACCCCAACACGGCCGAGCCCCGGCACCUGCUGGUGAUGAAGGGGGCCCCCGAGAGGAUCCUGGACCGCUGCAGCUCCAUCCUGCUCCAGGGCAAGGAGCAGCCGCUGGACGAGGAGAUGAAGGACGCCUUCCAGAACGCCUACCUGGAGCUGGGCGGCCUGGGCGAGCGCGUGCUGGGUACGUGCGGCACCUGGGGACAAAGCGAGGCACCGCGCCACCCCCCCCCCCCCCCCACACACACACACACACACCCAUUGUGGAGACGGGAGGAGCCAGGGGAAUGCCUGGGGUAUUGGGCCUGGGCAGCAAAAUCCCACUGGUUUGCUUCUGACUCGUACUUGGACCCUUGGUCCUGUGCCGUCCAGUUCUGUCUGAUGAGAACCUGUCUGACCUGGGCUGCUGAGUCCCUGACCUGUGAGCUCAGUCGGACAAGCUGUCCCGACCUCGAAUGGGGAUCCUUUCGAGGCCUCGGUGUGUUUGCUCGCAACUGCGCCCGAUUAACGUCCUCCCUUUCCUUGUCACAGAUCAUCAUGGUCACGGAGGACCAUCCCAUCACGGCCAAAGCCAUCCAAGGUGUGGGCAUCAUCUCCGAGGGCAACGAGACCGUGGAGGACAUUGGCCGCCUCAACAUCCCCGUGAGCCAGGUGAACCCCAGGGACGCCAAGGCCUGCGUGGUGCACGGGACAGACCUGAAGGACAUGACCUCCGAGCAGCUGGAUGACAUCCUCAAGUACCACACGGAGAUCGUGUUCGCCAGGACCUCCCCGCAGCAGAAGCUCAUCAUCGUGGAGGGCUGCCAGCGGCAGGGCGCGAUCGUGGCUGUGACUGGUGACGGUGUCAACGACUCUCCAGCUUUGAAGAAGGCGGAUAUUGGGGUUGCCAUGGGGAUCGCCGGCUCGGACGUGUCUAAGCAAGCCGCCGACAUGAUUCUCCUGGACGACAACUUUGCCUCAAUUGUGACUGGAGUCGAGGAAGGUCGUCUGAUCUUCGACAACUUGAAGAAAUCCAUCGCCUACACCCUGACCAGCAACAUUCCAGAGAUCACCCCCUUCCUGAUAUUUAUUAUUGCGAACAUUCCGCUGCCGCUGGGCACCGUCACCAUCCUCUGCAUCGACCUGGGCACCGACAUGGUUCCUGCCAUCUCCCUGGCCUACGAGCAGGCUGAGAGCGACAUCAUGAAGAGACAGCCCCGAAACCCCAAGACGGACAAGCUGGUGAACGAGCGGCUGAUCAGCAUGGCCUACGGGCAGAUUGGUAUGAUCCAGGCCCUGGGGGGCUUCUUCACUUACUUUGUGAUUCUGGCUGAGAACGGCUUCCUGCCGAUCAACCUGCUGGGCAUCCGCGUGGACUGGGACGACCGCUGGAUCAACGACGUGGAGGACAGCUACGGGCAGCAGUGGACCUACGAACAGAGGAAGAUCGUGGAGUUCACCUGCCACACGGCCUUCUUUGUCAGCAUCGUGGUGGUGCAGUGGGCCGACCUGGUCAUCUGCAAGACCCGGAGGAACUCCGUCUUCCAGCAGGGGAUGAAGAACAAGAUCCUGAUAUUUGGCCUCUUCGAGGAGACGGCCCUCGCUGCUUUCCUUUCCUACUGCCCUGGGAUGGGAGUCGCCCUGAGGAUGUAUCCCCUCAAGUAAGUCCUCCUCUUGCGCCGCUAGCGAGUGGGAAGUAGACGAGUGGCUGUCCCUGGGACAGG